AUGGGGGAAAGCGCACUGGAACCAGGGCCUGUGUCAGGGGCGCCGGCGGGGGGCCCCGUGCACGCUGUAACGGUGGUGACCUUGCUGGAGAAACUGGCCACCAUGCUGGAGGCGUUACGGGAGCGGCAGGGCGGCCUGGCUAAGAGGCAGGGCGGCCUGGCGGGCUCGGUGCGCCGCAUCCAGAGCGGCCUGGGCGCGCUGAGCCGCAGCCACGACACCACCAGCAACACACUCGCGCAGCUCCUGGCCAAGGCCGAGCGCGUGGGCUCGCAUGCCGACGCCGCCCAGGAGCGCGCUGUGCGCCGCGCCGCCCAGGUGCAGCGGCUGGAGGCCAACCACGGGCUGCUGGUGGCGCGCGGGAAGCUCCAUGUCGUGCUUUUCAAGGAUGAGACCGAAAUCCCAGCCAGCGCCUUCCACAAGGCGCCAGAGGCCUUGGACCAGGCGGAGCAGUCCGAGAUGGGCCCAGAGCAGCCAGAGGCCGAGAUUGAGGAGAGCUCCGACGAGGAGCCCGUGGAGUCCCGGGCACGGCGGCUGCGGCGCACUGGGCUGCAGAAGGUACAGAGCCUGCGACGGGCCCUCUCGGGCCGCAAAGGCCCUGCGGCGCCACCAUCCACGCCAGUCAAGCCACCUCGCCUGGGACCUGGCCUGAGCGGGAGCGCUGAUGGCCUGCCUGAAGUCCAGCCUGCUCAAGAUGUCACACAGGGAUCAGAGCCUUCCCAGGACCCGGAGGAAGAUCCCGGGAGACCUGGGGCUGCGGAGGCGGCUCUGCUCCAGAUAGAGAGUGCGGCCUAA